AUGGACCUGGAAUUGGGACUCAAGAUCACUAAAACUAGAGAUGACAUUGCUUCCAUCUCCGAGUAUCGAUUAGCAAAAGCAGGACCUAUCUUUCAGUCUAGAGAAACAAACACUGCUUUCAUUCUCACUGCUCAUCUUAAAGGUUAUAAGAGGAAUAACAUUAACAUCAAGAUUAGUGAAGAUGGUAGUAAGAUAUCAAUUAGUGGAGAAAAGCCUGUCCAGAAUAUUUUGAUGAUGGGAUGGUUAAUGCAUAGGAAAGAGGUUGAUGUUGCAGGGUUUAAUAAGGUUUUCAAAAUUCCUGAUGGGGUGAAAUUAGAUGGGAUCAAAGCGAAGUAUGAUGAGGAGGAAUGGAUAAUGAAUAUUAUCAUGCCAAAAUUGGUUAAAGGAAUUUGUGGGGCUAAAGUUGAAGAAGUCAACGAAGAAGAAUCUGAUAUAAGGAGGAGAUCAGAACAAGGGAAAAGUGAAGGUGAUCACAUUCUUGGUGGGGCUGGAGAAACAAGCCAAAAAGGAUCUAAAGAGUCUGAUGUUCAGGCAGUGGAGGACAGUGAAUGUUUCAUGGAGAAGAAGGAAGAGGUGUCUAACAAGAUGCUUGAUGAUUCCAACAGGAAAAUAAUUAAGGAUACGGUACAUAAAGAAGUAGAAGAAUCUAAGGUUGGAACUGUAGAAGGACAUGAAGAAUGCUUUGGAGAGGAAGAAUAUGAAGAAAUGAAGACAUCAGAACUAGAGCGAGAUGUUGGUGUAGGCACCUCACUGAAAAUUGGAGAAGCAAGCCGAAAGGAAAUUGAAGAAUCAAAGUUGAAGAAUGAGGAUCUAAGGUUAAAAGGCACGAGAAAAGAUGUUGGAAAGGCAGCAUAUGAAGCAGUGAAAACUUUAGAAAAGGGGAAAAGUGCAGGUGAAGGUAUGCCACAAAAUAUGGGAGAUACAAGACAAGACAUAGAGUUUGAGGUCCAAGAAAUGGAGGACAAUGAAGGUUUUGUAGACAAGGAAGAUAAAGGGGUAAGUGAAAAUAUGCUUGAUGGAGAGGUGAUCCAGAAAGAAAAAGAAGAAUCCAAGUCAGGAAUUAAGGAUAGACAUGGAGAAAGUGUGACAGCAAAGAAUGGGAUAGCAGGAUACAAAGGAAUGAAGACAUCAGAAAUAGAGCAGAAUGUUGGUGCACAUGUCACACAGAAUAUUGGAGAUACAAUCCAAGGAGUAUCUAAAGAGUCUGUUAUAGAACAAAUGUGGGAAGAUAAAAGUACUGUCAAGAAGAUGGAGAGAGAAGAGCCAGGAAAGAUGCUUCCCGAAGCCAAUGUGUCUACUGAGGGAGAUAGACUUGGAGAGUCCAACCAAAAACAAUUUGGAGAACUCAAGUCUAAAACUGAGGAUAGAUUUAAAGAAAGUGUGAAGGAAAGUAGAAUGGAGCUAAUGGAAACAAUGAAGACACCAAAACAUGACCAAAAGGCAGAUGAUCAGAUUCCUAUUAACAUUGGUGAUAUAAGCCAAGAAGAAUUUAAGGACUCUGGGAUUCAACGGAAAGAGAAAACUGAAAGCAUAAAAGAGAGUAUGGAUGGAGGGAAAUCUGGAAAAAUACCUGUUCGAGACAAAAAGCACAUAUUUGGCAAGAGCAUCCAAGAGAAGAACAUUAGAAGGCCUAAGAUUGAAACUGGGGUUGAAGAUAAAGAAUACGAUGGAUUAAAGGCUGCUAAGGAAGAAUUUGAUUCAAAGUUAACAAUAAGGGAAGAAUUUCAUCAGCAGUUACCGAAAGGCACAAUUGAGGAAAGCAGAGGGUUGAGUAUUUCAAAAAUGAAAGAAACUGAAGAAGCAAAGAUCAAAAGAAAAUUGAAAGAAAGUGAAUAUUUUGUAGAUAAGGGUGAAGGCGAAGAACUCAGAAGGAUGCACAAGGAAGCCAAGAAAGACUUGACUAAAAAGACACUGAAAGAAAAUGAAGACAUCGAAGAAGUAAUGGACAAAAGAGAAGGGAAAGAGAAUAAAUAUUUUGUGGAUAAAAGUGAAGGUAUACAACACAAAAGGAUGCAUAUGGAGGCAAAGAAAGAAUCAACAAAAGAGACAAUGCAAAGAAAUGAAGAAGCAAUGGAUAAAAGAGAAGGCAGAGAGAUUGACCACUUUUUGGAUGAGGGUGAAAGUGAAGAACCCAAAAGAAUACAUAUGGAAUCAUGGGAGGGCUUAACAACAAAGAGAAUUCAAGAAACUGAAGAUGUCAAAGAAGUAAUGUCCAAAAGAAAAGACAAAGAUAUUGAAAAAUAUGCAGAUAAGGGUGAAGGGGAAGAACCCAGUAGGUUGUAUGUGGAAGCGAAGGACAUAAAAAAAGAGACAAUGCAAGAAAGUGAAGAUGUACAAGAAGCAACGCUCAAAAGAGAAGGCAAAAAGAAUGAACAUUUUAGGGAUAAGGGUGGUGAAAAACCCAAAAGUUUGCAUAUGGAAGCAAAGAAGAACCUAGCAAAAGAGACAUUGCAAGAAACAGGUGUCAAAGAAGCAAUAAUCAAAAGAAAAGGAAAAGAGAUAGGAAAUUUUGAUAAGGGUGAAGGUGCAGAACCCACAAAGAUGCUCAUGAAUGCAAUAAAAGAGUUAACAAAACAAACAAAGCAACAAAAUGAAAUAGAAAAAGAAGCUAUGGUCAAAAGGAAAGGCAAAGAAACAAAAUAUUUUGUGGAUAAGGGUGAAGAUGAAGAACCCAAAAGCAUGCAUAUGAAAGGAAAGAAGGACGUAACAACAAAGACAAUCCAAGAAAGUGAAGAUUUCAGAGAAACAAUGGUCAAAAGAGAAGGCAAGGGUUAUGACUAUUUUGUGGAUAAGGGUGGAGGUGAAGAACCCAAAAGCAUGCAUAUGAAACCAAAGAAGGAUGUAGUAACAAAAGAGACAAUGCAAGAAAAUGAAGGUGUCAGAGAGGCAAUGGUCAAAAGAAAAGGCAACGAGAUUGGAAAUUUUGCUGACAAGGAUGAAGGUGAAGAACACAUAAAAAUGCUUGUGAAAUUGAAGGAGGAGUUACCAAAAGAAACAAAAAAAGAAAGAGAAAAAGUCAAAGAAGCUAUUGUCAAAAGGAAAGGCAAAGAGACUGAAUAUUUUGCGCACAAGGGUGAAGAUGGAGAACCCAAAAGCAUGCUUCAGGAAGUAAAGGACUUAACAUCAAAGACUAUACAAGAAAGUGAAGCAAUGGUCAAAAGAGAAGACAAGGGUGAUGGUGAAGAACUCAAAAUGAUGCAUAUGGAAGCAAAGAAAAACAUGGGAAAAGAGUCAAUGCAAGAAACAGAAGGUUUGAAAGAAGAAAUGGCUAAAAGAAAAGGCGAAGAGAUUGGACAUUUUUCGGAGAGUGAAGGUAAAGUGCCUAAAAGGGUGUAUGUGGAAGCAAAGAAGGUCUUAACAACAGAGACAAUGCAAGAAAAUGAGUAUGUCAACGAAAGCAAUGAAAAUGAAUGCUCUUUGGAUGAGGGUGAAGGUGAAGAACCCAAAAGGAUGUAUAUGAAAACAAAAAAGGACUUUACAAACGAGACAUUGCAAGAAAGUGAAAAUGUCAAAGUGAAGGUAAAAAGAGAAGGCAAAGAGAUUGAAUGCUUUGCGGAUAAGAGUAAAGACAAAGAGUCGAUAAGGAUGCUUAUUGAAACAAAGAGAGUCUUGGAAAAAAAGGGAAUGCAUGAAAAUGAUGAUGUCAAUGAAGCUAUGAUCAAAAGGAAGGGCAAAGAGAUUGAGUAUGUGGUGGAUAGCAGUGAAGGUGAAGCUGAAGAACACAAAAGGAUGCAUAUAGAAGAAAGCAAGGACCUAGCAACAGAGACAAUGCAUGAAAUUGAAGAAGCCAAAGUAAUGAUCAAAACCACAGACAAGGAGAUAGAAAAUUUUGCGGAUGAAGGUAAAAAAGAAUCCAAAAUUAGGGAAACAAAGAAGGACUCAACAAAAGUGAAAUUGAAUGAAAGUGAAGAUGCCAAAGAAGCAAUGAUCAAUAUAAAAGGUACAGAGGCUGAAUACUUUACUGAUGAGGGAAAAGAACCCAAAAGGAUACGUAUGAAAGCAAAGGACUUAACAAUGAAGACAAUAAAAGAAAGUGAAGCAGUCAGAGAAGCCAUGGUCAAAGGAGAAGGGGAAGAAGCGAUUGAUUUGCUGGAAGAGGGCGAAGAUGUAGAAUCCGGCAGGAUGCAUAUAGAAACAAAGAAGGACAUAACGAAAGAGACAAUGCAAGAAAGUGAAGAAUUCAAAAAAGUUAUGGUCAAAAGGAAAGGAAAAGAGGCUGGAUCUUUUGUGGAUUUAACAAAAAAGGAUGAAGGUGGAGGUGAAGAACCGAACAUGAUUCUUAUGGGAGCAAAUAGGGACUUAACAACAAAGACAAUGCAUGAAAGUGAAUAUAUCAAAGAAGAAAUUUUCAGAAGAGAAGGCAAAGAAAUUGAUUAUUUUGUGGGUAAGGGUGAGAGUGAAGAACUCGAAAGGACACAUGAGGAAGCAAAGAAAGACAUAACAGAAGACGAAAUGCAAGAAGUUGAGAAGAUUAAGCAUGGAAUUAGGGGUAGUGAACAAUAUAAUGUACUUGGUAAAACUGUUGAAGGAAAAGUUGAAGUAACUGAAGAAGGUCCCAAGCUGGUGGGGGGGCAAGAUGUAAGUAGAGGACUUAAGGUUGCAUAUAUGGAAGAACCAAAACAAAGUAUCAAAGAAGAAAUGGCUGAAACAAAAAGUUUAAUGGAAAAGGUUCAAGGAGGAAAGUCUAAGAAGAAUGAAGAAGCAAGCAAGAUUAAUCAAAAAAAUACAUCAACUGAGAUCUUACAGAAGGAAACUGAGGAGUCCAACAUUGAAAGAAAGUUCAUAGAUGGACCAAAUGUACCAAACAAUAUGGUCAAAGUUGUAUUUGAAGUGUUGGGAACUUUUCAGGCAAAGCUUCCCAAGCAGGUGAUGGAAGCAAUUGCCCAAAAUAAGAAGGAUAAGAAUGAAUAUGUUACUGUGAAAUUGAAAGGAGAGGGAUCUAUAAAGAUGCAUGUUGAACCAAAUGAGGCUUUUGACGAGGAUGAAACUGAGGAUAGAAGUGAGAAAGAAAUUAGAAAGCUAAAACUCAAGUCUAGUGAACAAAUAAGUGGGAAAGAGAACUUCGAUUUUGGGGUAACACCAAAGUUUCUAGAGAUGGGGCAAAUACAAGCUGUCAAAGAAGACAAUGCACAAAUUGAAGAGUCUGAGAAGAAAAUAUAUGGAGACAAAUAUGAGAAGAUACAAGUUGAAGAAAAAGGAAAGCAGUCUACUCAAAAAGGAAGAGAAGGUCCUAAGAUCCAAACGAUGGUUAAAGAACAACAUUAUUUGCAAGAAGAAAAGGCUGCAAAAGAAGAGUUUCCUACGAAAAUGGUGGAUUCACUAGCUGUUAAAAGAGAGGGACUGGAAGAAACAAAGAUAGAAGAAGCGCCAGAUGUCAAAGAAGAGUUAGUCAAGCAAAGGAGUAAGGACAAGAAAACAGAUGUCAAAGAAAAGGGUAAAGAAAUUGAUCAACAAUAUGUGAAGAAUGCAAAAGGAGAGAAAUAUGAAAAGAUACAAGUUGAAGCAAAAGGUGGUUUGAGGGGAAAAUUAACUAAGGAAAAUGAUCAACAAUGUUUGCAAGAAGGGAUGAGCAAAAGAAUUUCCAUGACUUGCAAAGAUGUACCAGAGCAUAAACAUCCAAAAGUAUUAGAGAUAAGAUCUCCUGAAAGAGAACCACAAUUAACUAAAGGCAAAGAGAUGUUGACAACACAAGAGGAAACUGAAAGGCCUAAGGAUAAAAUUGUUGAUAGAGAUCAACAAUAUGUGCUGAGAGAUGUUGCAGAAGGAGUUGGCAAAGUAGACACCAAACAAAAGGAAAUGCCCCAAAAAGAAUAUGUAGCAGAUCCUUGCUCUAUAGCUCCGAGGAUGGAAAAGAAAAGAGACUUGAAAGCAAUUUCUGAAAGAGAGAAAUACAUAAUAGCUCAAAAUGUUAAAGAUGAAAAGCCCAAGAUUCAGGAUGAAAAUAUAAAAGUUGAUGUUGAAAAGGCGGAUAAGAAGGGAUAUCAAACAAAGGCUGUAGAAGGGAUGUUAAAAGGAGAACACACAGCAAAAGUAGUUCCUAAGAAAGAAAGAGAAAGGCCAAAGUUUGCAAAGAUUGAAGAAGAUAAAGAGGCUUCCAGUUCCAAACUACCAAUCAAAAGAGAGAUGGGAAAAACAACUAAAGCAGCAGAAGAUACGAAGCCUAAAAUGGGGGAAAUAACCCCUCAGUUUGAGAAGGCUAGUGGAUUCAAACAGGCUGCGGAAAAAACGCAUGAAAAUAGCAAAAGAGAACAUCAAAAGGAAUCAUCAGAAGUCACACCUAAAAUAGAGGUCAAACCUGCAACAAUGACUCCAAAGAAAGAAGUUGAAAAAUCAAAGAAGGAAGACAUGUCAUCUAUACCUACAGCAAUCCAAAGAAAAGAACCUCGUGAAUUAUCAUUUCCAACCAAGGACUACCAAAUUCUAAAGAUAGAGGAAGUACAACAAAGAAGGGAGGGAAAAAGACCAAUGCAUGCACUAGAAGCAACCACUUCUAAAGGAGGAGAACUUGCACAAGCAAUAGCUACACAUUCAAAAGCAAAAAGUGAGAUUGAUGAGCAACAAGUAAAUCAACUGUCGUCUCCAUCUAUAGAAAUGCGGAGUAUAGAACCACCUGAAUUAGAAAAGCAUGGUAUGAAAGAGGAUGACUCUAAGGCUGAGCGUUUAGAUCAUAUGCAAGAAGGACAAGAACCCUUUCACUUCAUAGACAGUAAGGCAGCAUCAGAAGUAAUUGCAGAUGAAGCUGCUGAGCCGUCAAAAUUUCCAAGUUCAUCUUUCACAGAACCAUUUAAAGUUGAAGAAAAGGGUAAGCUAGAUGUUAGUUGUGACGAUGAAUCUCAAGAUUCAGACAUCGACUCUGAAAUAGAUGGUGAAGCAUCAAUCAAAGGUGAAACAGAUGAAAAAGUUGUACAGCCAGAGUCCCCUGAAGAUCAACAAUGCACAAACAAAGCUCAAGAAGAAAGCGAUGGAACACAAGAAGUUGAAGAAGAAAAGGCAGAUGAGCAAGUAGAUGAAGCCGAUGGAGGAGACUUUCAACAGUUAGAGGAGCAAAAAGAACGUGAGGAGGAAGCCAUUGGAGGGAAGAAGGACCAAAAAAGGUCAAAGAAACUUAUUGUUUCCACGAUCAUAGCCGGAUCAGCCCUUCUUGCUUCGGGAAUAUUUCUCUUUAUUCGGCAUAGAAGAUCCAGAAAAGGGUAA